AAUAUUUAAAUAAUCCAUACAUAUCUCUGAACUUGCAGCAUAAUCAAAUAAUUUCACAUAGUUUUCUAAAAUCUGAUUUAGCAAACAAGUGUUUACAAGUUUUCUUUAAUUUAUUUGAAACAUAUGAAUCUGAAAUGAGUGAUGAAAAUUUAAUUAACUACAAUUAUACAAUAUAUACUGGUGUUUCAGGUCAUUCUUACUUUUAUAUCCAUUUAUAUCAAAGAAUAUUGUUAUUAUCUAAUCAUUAUGGGAAAAAAUUUAUGGAAUCACAUUUUAAAAAUUUGUUAAGAUAUAAAGAUGAUAAAUUAUCUGAUAUAUUGAAUUCUUUGUUAACAAAGGCAAAAUAUUAUGCUAAUAUACCAAACAUUGAUUACUUAUUAACAAAACAUGUAAAUAGGCCAUCUUUAAUUAAUGGUUUGGCAGGUCUAUUAUAUGUAAGAUUUUUAGUGUUUACUCAUUUUAACCAAUUUGCAAAAAGAAAUGAUUGUUUAAUCAAAUUAAUAAAAAUGCAUGAAUAUAUUGCUGAGAAAAAAAAAGACAGUGACCAAUCUCCAAAUGAAAUUUUAUAUGGUAAAGCUGGUUAUUUAAUGUGUCUUCUAUUUAUACAUGAUUACUAUGAAAGACCUAAAGUAACCUUGUGUCGCAUUAUUGAAACGAACUUUUUAGGAUCGGUUUUCUUAUAUGGAUUGGGGCAUACGUCCAGACGCAUGAAACCUGACUUUCCCAUUCACCACAAUUUUAUCCACUCAUUUGGUGAAAUUCCAAAAUCUCAUGCUCCAUCUUCAUCAAAUCACAAUCCGAAGUUAACCAUUGAUGCUAACGUUAAAGAUUCAUUGAUAAACGCCAUACACAAAAUAUCUGUGAUCAUCCUGAAAGAGGGUAAAAGAUAUUCUCGACAAAAUGAUCACCAAUGCCCUUUGAUGUACGAAUGGCAUGACAAAGAAUAUAUCGGUGCCGCUCACGGGGUUUCUGGAAUAUUAUACGCGCUAACUUCGAUAAAAUCAAAUACAGACACGGUAAUACCUCUAAACAUAUUACCAGAAAAAUACAUCUUACUAAUAAAGCAUAGCAUAAGCUAUUUAUCGAGUCUUCAGUUUGAUUCCGGAAAUUUUCCAUCUUCCCUCCCCGUGGGUUCGGAUAAACUUGUUCAAUGGUGCCAUGGGGCUCCUGGGGUCAUUUAUACCUUUUUGAAAGCAGCUGAAGUAUUCCCAGAAAAAGAAGCUAUAUUUUUAUCCGUAUCAUUAAAGUGUGGCGAAUGUAUUUGGGAAAAGGGUCUACUCGCUAAAAGUUAUGGUUUAUGUCACGGAGUGAGCGGUAAUGCGUACGCAUUUUUAGCUCUGUAUAAUUUUACGGGAGAUUCACUACAUUUGAAUAGGGCCUUAAAAUUUGGUAAAUGGUUUGAAGAUUAUGGGAGACAUGGUUGUCGUACCCCAGAUACCCCUUAUUCCUUAUUUGAAGGAUUAGCUGGGCCUCUGAAUUUCCUGAUCGACAUAAUAUGUCCUAAAUCUGCCAAGCUUCCAUUAUAUCAAAUUGGGAUAUAGAAAAUUAAUUAAAUAUGAAUUACUAUUAUAAUAAAAGUUUUAUAAUUUUUUGUUAAAAUUAUAGUUUAGAUUAAUUAAUAAGCCAUUUUUCAAUAUUUAUAAUUAUUAUAUUUAAU